AUGGCUGACCCAACAAACAUAACUUCAUCUUACAAUCAGACCUGUGAUCUGGCUGUCCCGUCAGUCAGCCCUGUCUUUAUGGUUGCCUACAGUCUGGUGUUUCUGGUGGGUUUGUUUCUCAAUGGCAUCAUCGUGCGGUUUUACUGUUGUCGAGCUCGGCAGCAGACAUCAAGCAGCUUGAUGGUCUACCUGAAGAACCUGACAGCUGCUGACUUCCUGCUCUGCCUCUGUCUGCCACUCCGCAUCACCAAGUACGCCACCAGCUCUCUCACCAUUCGGAGGCUCUACUGUAGCUUUGGAACUUCUGCCUUCUUCCUCAACAUGCAAGCCAGUAUCCUAUUCAUGGGGUACAUCGCUGCCAACAGGUAUCUGAAGGUUGUCCAUUCUUCAGGGCCUCACUUACUCCAGACAGUACGAGCUGCAUACAUCAUCUCCAUGAUCACCUGGGUUAGUGUCCUGGCUCCAAUAAUCACCUAUACCAUACUAUUUUUCAUUACUCAACAACCUCUGACCUCUGACCCUGGUUGCUGUGAAGUCCUCAUUAGUGCAUCAAUUAGACCGAUCUACAAAGUCUUCCAGGCCUCCUCUUUCAUACUGUUCCUGUUGGUCCUCAUAUCCCUGGUCUUCUUCUACUACAGCACCUCCCGCAGGGUGUUACAGGAACAGAAGAAGCAGCUGGCCUCCCGCCACUCUGAGAAGCUUGUGAAGUCUCGCAGGAACAUAUUGGUGCUUGUCAGCAUUUUCUGUGUUUGCUUCAUCCCGUAUUACUUGGUUCGGCUUCCCUUGGCAUUUAAGUUGGGCGGCAGAUCUGUGCGUCAGGUGUUCUACUAUUUAAUGGAUGCAACCACACUACUGUCAGUUUUCAAUGUCUGUUUGGACCCUCUUGUUUACUUUUUCCUUUGUAAGAGUGUCCGAGCUCAGGUGAAUAUGAAGAUUCCAUCCAAGAAGACCAAGAGCCGACAAACAAACAAGGGGAGUGAGUGGAGUGAGGAGCAGCAGACAGUUGUUACAACAGCAGCAAGUCAAACCAGUGAGCUGUAA